AUGGCAAUGAGACCGCAGACCAAGCUCUUCUCGGGGCUUCAGAUGGCCCUUUUCCGGCCUACGUGUUUAACGACGCCCUCUCCGGCCCAGUCGCUAUCACGAUGCUUUUCGACGACCUCGCCAGCCCUUGAUUGGCUUACUCCGAAGUUUAUGGAAAAGUCCAAAUCGCCCAAGGGUCGUCCGCAUGUCGCAACUGGUGGAUCAUUCCGGGGUACAACUGUCGUCUGGGGUGACUACGGCCUGCGGAUGAAGGACCAUGAUCGUCGACUGCCGGCCAAAUCGCUCAAAAUCGCAGAGGAGACGAUUAAGCGACGCCUGAGAGGUAUGGACUACACGCUCUACAAGCGUGUGAGCGCCAACUUGGGUGUCUACACCAAGGGCAAUGAACAACGUAUGGGUAAGGGUAAGGGAAAAUUCGACUACUGGACGGCGAAGGUUCCCGUGAGCAGAAUUGUGUUCGAGCUCAAGGGUAAACUGCACGAAAAGGUUGCGAGGGAAGCUUUUCGAUUGGCUGGCCACAAGUUGCCCGGAAUGUGGGAAUUCGUGCACAAGGGAGAUCCUCCUGUCGUCGGAGUGACGAAACUCGGCAACGGCGUGACUCUGGAGAGUCUCAAGCGGCCACGCAGAAGCCCGGCCUUGGGCACGGAAAACCUGGACACGCCCCCCAAAUCGACCUCCUCUAGCCCAUCCGCCUCUCAAUAA